GAAUGCAUCACCCGCGAUCGUCGGUGAUGAGACUGUAUAUGCCGCGGAAGUGUACACAACCGCGAGGUAUGCAGUCUCAGGGAAUAUGUCCUUGCUACUGACGUGGGUAUGCAUCGAGAUGUAGUGGAAGUGGACAAGGAGAUCACCCCGCUCUCCCUGGCUAGCGAGAAGUGGCGUAAACCGGUCGUACUUGACACCAACGCUCGCAGGGAAGUAUGGCAGACCAAGGAGCUUCAAGGACGCUUUUUGCGAGCCCUACAUGGGCCGGAUGUAGACCAGUUAGCGUCCGUAUCCUGGCUGCGUUUCGGAGACCUCUUUGGGGAAACCGAAGGGUUUGUCUGUGCAAUUAUGGAUGAAGUUAUCAUGACGAAUAACUACCGGAGAUUUAUUGUGAAGGACGGCACGGCUGACAUCUGUCGGGCAUGUCACCGUCCGGAAGAAUAAAUUCGUCACAUAAUCUCUGGUUGUUCUCGUCUAGCUAACGGCGAGUACUUACAUAGGCACAACCUUGUAGCUAGGAUCAUCCAUCAGCAGCUUGCUCUGAAGUACUCUCUUGUGGGAUCGGAAGUGCCGUACUACAGGUAUGAGCCCGACCCAGUUCUUGAAAAUGGUCAGAUCACCUUGUACUGCGACCGGUCUUUCAUCACUGACAGGACUAUUGUAGCCAAUAAGCCUAAUAUAGUGGUGGUAAACCGAAACGAGAGGCGUGCAAUGAUUGUUGACAUAGCUGUCCCACAUGACGAGAACCUCGUGAAAGCUGAGAAAGAUAAGCUAAAUCAAGUAUAUUGACUUGGCACGCCGCGAGGUUGUCGACAUGUGGGAAGUGGAUUCGGCUAUCAUUGUGCCGAUAGUCGUGUCAGCCAAUGGCUUAAUAGCUAAGCGCCUCGACCAACACCUUAGGAGGCUCUCGUUAGGUGGCUGGAUCAAGGGCUUGAUUCAGAAAGUGGUAGUCCUGGACUCGGCUCGUAUGUCAGGAGGUUCCUUUCUCUGGAGCCCUGACCGCUAGGUUAGCUAGGUAGCUAGGACCCUGUUCCCCAUACCGGUGGGACACUAUUUUUUAUAUUUUUAAAUGUUAUUUAUUAUAAAGAAAUAUUUAAAAAUGUAAUUUAUAU